GCGGCAUCGAUUAUCUCCUUAAUCCUUCCGGGGCUGACCCGCCACCGCUUCCGCCGCCCCAUUUUCCCGACACCCAUAGUGUUCUUCCCAAUCGCCAAGAGAUCAAUGGUCACCGCUAGCAGCAGCAGCAGCAGCAGCUCCGAUCCCAACACCCAAGGGGCUUUCAGCACAAUCGAAGGCAGACACACUUGCGAAAAGGAGAUCAAGAAGAGCAAGUUCAUCGCCAUCGCCGGCCAUGUCUCCGACCAACUCCAGGCCGAAUCCUUCCUUUCGGAGGUAAGCGAUCCUCGUGCAACACAUAAUUGUUGGGCUUACAAGGUUGGAGAUCAAUACCGAUGUAAUGAUGAUGGUGAACCAUCUAGUACAGCUGGCAAACCAAUAUAUUCUGCAAUUCUUUCUUCAGGAUUGGACAGAGUCAUUGUUGUUGUAACCAGAUAUUUUGGAGGAAUUAAACUGGGAACUGGGGGAUUAGUAAGAGCUUAUGGGGGGAUUGCCAUGGAAUGCUUGAGAAAUGCUCCUACACGGCUUGUGAAAUCUAAGGUUCCUAUGGGCAUAGAGGUUCCUUUUGAUCUUAUAGGGGCUCUGUACCAUCAGCUACAAACUUUUAAAGUUGAGGACAUUAAACAAGAUUAUGAUACAGGGAAAGCUGGUGCAGCCAUGGUCACUUUCAAAGUUGAUUUUGACCGCAUGCGAAGUUUAGAGGAGGCUAUCAAAACUAAUUGCAGUCGGGAUAUUGCGUUUUUCAAGCGUUGAAGUAAUAUUACCAGCUUCUCCUUUAGGACAACACUCUGGGCAACACAAUGAGUCAAUGCCAUGAGUCCAUGGCCCUAGUUUUUCGUUUCUAAGAUUCCACUACUACAUCGAUAUAUGCAUUGUGGUCUCUUCUGUUUUGGCAUAUUCCCCUCAGAUUGGACUAGAACAAGAGUUGAUUGCUAAAAACAUAAAAGGCAACCUGGUGAACAGCCUGAGGGAUAUAUGCCACCACUUGUGAAAUACCCUUAUUUUAGUGUGAGUGCCAGUGCCCCUUGUGAAAAGGUGUGUAACAUUCGAGUUUUUCUGAAUAGACGCGACAGUUCACGCUGAACUGCAGAAGCAACAAUUUGCAUGUAAAUAGCUACAAACAUUUGAAUGUUUUGUUCAA